GGAAAGCCACCGUGCUACUGAAGUAGAUGCUGCAAACGAUGGCGCAGUCACCAGUUUUGAGAGAAGCCACUUGCAGCGACAGAUGUAUUGCGACUUGGCGAACAACAUUCGGCAUCAUCAGUUGAUUAUAAGAUGUGUCAAGGAACUGGAGGCUAUAAUGAACCUGCCGAUCUUCGUUCUUUUGUUUCUACACAUGGUGAACAUCUGCGCACAGAUCUUCGUCACCUCUCUCCUGUUGCAGAAGGACAAUGACUCGACAACGCUUUUCAAGGUGUUGUUCACGCUGCCGAUUUAUCUGUAUGAGACUGGACUUUAUUGCGUGUUUGGUCAAAUCAUUAUCGACCAGAGCGACCGGCUGUCCAGCUCGGCCUACAGCGGCACCUGGCUGCAGGGCGACGUGCGUCUUCGGAGGGCGCUGCUGCUGCUGACGUCACGUGCCGUCCACCCCCUCACUCUAACCGUGGGCAAGACCUACACGCUCUCCAGGCACACCUUUCUCCAGAUUCUUAAUGGCUCGUACUCUCUCUUCAACAUGCUGUAUCAAGUCCAAGGCAACAAGUGAAGGAUGUAAUCUGGAUGAAUACACAUUGUCGUAUUGGACCUACCCUCAGCUCGUAAAAUAUGAAAAGACAAC